UCUAUUUUGAUGUCUUAUCCAAAUCCAACCAAUGAGCAAGCAGAUAUAAAUUGCAAUGCUACAACACUAUCCCACUCUAUCUUCUAUUAGUGUGUUUACCAAUUUUCUUUACAUCGCUCGCUUUUACAUUUUCUUGAAUUAGCCAUGGUGGCACAUUCACUCGUUCCUCUCUCACCGGCUGCUCACGCCACCAGACUUUCCUCUCCAUCGCCGCGGUCACUGCCGCAGGCUCCUCCCGUCGUCCUUGUAGUUCCACCAAUUAAUCGCAGGACAAUUUUGGUGGGGCUAGGGGGUGCACUAUGGAGUUGGAACGCUCUGACCGCUAAGGAGGAGGCAAUGGCGGCAGCAAGACGGCCGCCUCCACCACCACCUAAGGAGAAGAAAGACCCGACCGUGAGCGGAGUUCAGGCCAAGGUAUUGGCGAGUAAGAAGCGCAAAGAAGAAAUGAAGGCUUCCAUUGCUAAACUUAGAGAGAAAGGCAAACCUGUUGUUGAAGCAAAACCAUCUUCUUCUUCUUCAGAAUAGUAUCCAAGCAACAAUUUAAACCCUUUCCAUUAAUUCAUCUGUCUACCAAAUUCAUCCCUAUGAUGUUAAUUCACUACUAUAUUUCAAUUGACUCUUAUGCUGAUUUUGUGGUAGUAAAUCCAAAAGCAUUCUAGCUU